GGAGAGUUGUGGCACAACUGGUCUUCCACAGCCCUUGAAGCACAGCUACUCCCUCUCUUGGCCAGCUCUCUGGAGACAAGGGUUUUUGAAACAAUGCUGUGAAGUCACAAACUUCAAGAUACUUCAACGAGGAAACAAGCAGAAGAGCCCUAAUUUUCUGACAUCAACAGCCUGCAGCAGGAUCAGCGUGUCUUUCACUUUUGACCUUUAAAGAAUGAACAGAUUAGACAAAGCAUGGGGGUGAAGCAGGUUAGAUGCGAUUGCUUGGCGUUCAUUAUAAAGGUGGGUGUGGCAUAGACCACAUUACUACCCAGCCUAAUAGCGGACGGAACAUGUGACGCUACGCUUACUACUACCAGCGUCGUUUGAAUCCACAGUUAAAGCUCACUGCAGCUGCGAGACCCUCCAGCUCCACAGGUGGUGUUUUUCUACAGUUGCAGCAUGCAGCCAGGUGUUUUAAGAAGAAGCCAGCUGCUGGAUUCUCUGAAGGCGUACCUGAGCAACAAGGAGAGACUACAACCCAUAAUAGGCUUGGGCUGCAUUACAGAAUGUGUGAAGGCUGGUGCGUGGAGCACAGAAGCGCUGUACGUGUGUGGGGCGUGCGUGUGUCGCCUCAGUAAGGCUGACAUGCGUAACCACAUACUGGGAAGUCUCCACAGAUUCAACUACAUUAAAACCUGGCACCCUCACUUGGUAUCUAAAUGGCAGGAGAGCUCCGACCUGUCCAAGCUGGCGUGGCCGCUGAUGGAGAUGGCCAAGAAGCUUGAGGAAAAAGAGGGACCGGGAGACAUCCAGUUGUUAGAGGUUGAAGAUGGUGUAUACCAGAGGAUGGAAACAUCCAGUGAAAAUGACGCAGUAACUCUCAUAGGUUCCUUAAGAGAUGCACAGGGUGAAACUGAGCGUUAUCCAGAGACUACAGCUUUGCACUAUCCCACUGAAUCCCAGAGGACUGUAGUGUUUGCACAGAACCAGCCCACACGGUCCAAGAAAUCCUUCAAGGCUGACACAAACUCAGAGCACACCAGCAGCUUUCCUGAUGACUACACUGGAACCAAGACUCUCAUAGGUCUCGACUGUGUGGUCGAGUAUAGAAGUGAAGAUGGCUGCUCUUACUGUUUCUUAUGCCACUGCUGCCGCAUCAAAUCCAACAAGAAGGACAUCACUGAACACCUGACCAGCCCCUCACACCUCAUCAACUACUUGAUGGAAACUCAUCCUGAGGAGGUGACUGCGGAGCUUAAAGACAAACCUCACCUUCUUCAGUCUUUGGCAAAGAAAGUGGAGCGAGAAACGGGCCGAGGAGAGUUGAAGGUAGUGCAUGUUCCAGAAAACCUUUGUGCGCUACUCACUGGCAAAAGUUACCACUGGUGCAUAAAGAUGCUGCAAUCUGGAUGGAAAGGUGCUGACAUUAAACAAAAGGAAAUAGAUGCCAAAGGGCUGAGCAUGAACCAGACAUCUGCUGAAGGCAUGUCAGAGAAAUGCACUUUAAUGAAGUCAAAGAGGAAGAAAAGAGUAAAAGCAAAGAGAGAGACUGUUUUUAAUGUCAGCCUGCCUAUUACCAAAGGUUUAUUACUGAUGAAGAGGAUGUCUUUCAGCAGCAAAAGCCUCCCUCCAUCAGCUACAUCCCCUCCCUUUAAUUUAGAUCUCACGUCCUCCCCGGGGUCAGAGAUUGUGGAGUUAGACUGUGAUGGUUUGUCAUCUGAACUAAACCAUGCAGAAACCUCUCCACUACAGCACAGCCCCUGUGAUGGAGGUCCAGAGACUGGUGGGUACACGCCAGAAGGAAACUUUACAAUCCCCCAUUUUCAAAACAGAGAUGGUUAUGUCAGUGACGGCGUGCACGUCAGUCAGUCUGAAGACAUAACAGGGAGAAACGACUAUGUUUACUGGGAAAGAAGGGAGAACAGGCAUCAUGACGACCAAGAAAAGUCAGCCGAGAUAUCUUCUAAAAAGUGGGAAAAUGAAGAGAUGCAUAAUGAAGCAGUGUUUCCUGCUGUGCCAUCUUCCUCUAACUCUUCCUACGGACAUAGGGAGUGUUGGACUGAGGAGGGGUAUAAGCCAGCUGCAGAGGAUAAGAAUGGAACAAGAGAGCAGGGUUUGAGAGAAGAGGCACGCAUAGACGCUGGUCCACAUUAUUACCAACAACACUUUCAGAAUCCGCACAUGCCGUGCGAUAAUGCAAGUCUUCAGACGGGCAGUGUAAGUGGGUAUUACGAUGUGUGGGGUCAUCUGGGCCCUUAUAUAAAAAGUGCUGGUGUGAACAUGCUAACUCAAUCAGUAGAUCCCUGUGUGUACAGCGGCAGCAUUGCACACUACACAGCGCUCACCAAUGACUGUGCCCAGGCAGCUCCACACAAUUAUGGGAUACCGACUACAUCUUAUGAAGCCAGUCAAGGACAGCGUGGGUGGAUGUCUUACCCCAGCUACAACACUGGCUCUCUGGCAAACCCUGGCCGGCACUUUCUCCCUCCGGUCUGCAGCAGUGGUACGGACUGGAGUCUAACACACUCUUAUGCCUUCAGCCAACCUUCUAAACCUCAGUGUGCUGCGUCCCAAACUGAUCUGUAUUUCAGCUGAAUCAAAUCACAUUUGGAUGGUCCAGCGGGGGAUUUACUUGCAAUGUGACAUUUUUUAUUUUUUUAUUAUAGUUCUGCUGAUUUCUGUAAUGAAUGUGAGCCUGCUAAUGGAGGUACAGUAAUAUAAGCAGUGUCGUGUUUUGUUUUGUGUUUUUUUUUUGUCUGCUGGGACUUUUAGGUUUAAACUUUGUGGAGACUGAAAGUCAAAGAGCACCAAUGAGGUGAAACAGCACUCCUUAUCCACUAAUCCACUCGUUAUAAGAGAAGUAGAAGAAUUGAAGAUACUGCAUUUAAAUAGAACUCACUCGUGUAUUUCCAAGUUCACAUUCAGUGAAGGCUGAGAAACGUGCCCGUAAACACUAAACAGCUGCCUGUGUGUAUAUUUUUAUUCUUUUAUUGUGUUUGUUAUGAAGUUGUUCAAACUGGCUAUUUGUUUUCUGUUUUUGACCGUUACAGCAGUUUUUUGUUUUUUUUUUUGUUUUUUGAAAUCUACAUUUAUGCCUUUUUAACUCCAGAAAACAAGACAAAUGUGUGAAACAUCACAUUAGGUUUAAGUGGAUUCACUGUAUUUUUUUAGGAGAAAUAUUGAGAUAUGUUUGACUGCUUUUAUGAAAUUAAAAAACAGUUUUUUAAAACAGU